AUGUCUUGGCGCCACAGGCAGAAGCUCCAGGAGUUCCGUGAAUUCGCUGCCAGGGUGCUGCUGAGCCAGCCGCAUGGGAUUCAGUUGGAUCAGCUUCAGAGGGAGUGUGCGCGGAAGAUGCCGCGAGGAUUCAACCCUGAGGCUUUGGGAUUUGUGAGCCUGAGGGACGUGCUGGAGAGCAUGAAGGGUCUGGCACGGUUGGAGUCGUUUCCUGGAGGGUUCGUGCUGGUCUUUGCCUCUGAUGAGCUGAAAGGCGCAAACUUAGAAGGGUGUUCAUCGCCUCUUGCCAGGGCUGUAUCUGCCUCACCCUCUGCUGCAAGAUCAACCACCUCCUCUGGUCCGGUGUCUGCUGCACUUCCUUCUCCAAAUCCAAGAUUUUCUUCUCAGCUACCCCCUGCCGCUGCUGGUUCUACUACUGCUGCAUCUAGUGGCAGCACACCCAGCAGUGCUCUUUACCCGUCCACGCCCACUACUCCACGUGCCUCACCUCCCCCUGUCCCCAAGCCCCGACCCGAAGGUUAUCGCCGUUUCGACACCAGCUGGGGCGGCGAAUCCUCGUCUCCAUUCUCCCCACGCUCCUCCCCACACUCCUCUUCCCUUCGCUACAGAGAGCCACCCUCUUCAGAGAGGAAACCCGUGAAGGAGAGUGCCCUGGGGCCCUCGUUCUCUUCACCCCUUAGCCCCUUCACAAGCCUGCCCUCACCUCGUUCACUCGAUGCAUCACCGUCUCCCCGACCACUUCAAGCAUUCAAAGCACAUCAGAGGAGGCCAUCUGGGUUGGGAGAGGAGGAACAGUUUGGGAUCAAGGGAGGGAACCAGCCUUGGGAUGAGGGUAGGGGUUGGGGCGAAGGGAAAGAAUGGGGCAUGGGUGGUGGGUCGCGGGAGGAAGUUGCUGCACUGGGGUCUCCUUCUGGUAGCAAAUGGCGCACAGAGGGAAGGUGGAGGGAGGUGAGGGAAGUGAGAGAUGUUCGUGAGGUGAAGGAAGUGGAGGAGGUGCGAGAAGAGUUGAGGGAUGAGGUGAUCAAGGGGAAACAGGAAGCACCUGGAGCUGUUCGCCCUGAAGCAGGUCCCUUCAUGCAGCCAGCCUUGUUCUCCUCCUCUACUGCCACCUCUGAUGCAGCAGGUUUAUCAUCCAUCUUGAAAAACCCAUCGUCUGUGUCAGAUGCAGGUGUCUCAACACUUCACAGCAGGGCAGUGCCACCGCCUCGCCUUGAGCUUCCCCUUGCAACCGUUGCUGCAGAAAACGUGACAGAAGGCAGCAAGGGUAACCUUACAGAGAGUAGCAGGUCGGUCAAGGCAUCAGCGCCUGCAAAAGGCAGAGCGGCGGAUGGGGGAAAGGCCAGAGCGAGUCACAAGGCAGAGCUGAUGAGGAGUGAUUUGAGGCAACUGCUUCAGGAGGUACUGUCAAAGCCAGGGGUGCACAAGACAGGGUACCAGCUCGCAUUCCUCAAGGGUGCUUUCCUGCAGAAGUACGCGUACCCCCUGGAUCACACUGUGCUGGGCUAUCCCAGGCUGAAGGCACUGCUGCUGAGCAUGGAGGAUGUUGUCCAUGUGGUGGCUGCUCCUGGGGCUCCAGACCCUGGUAGCCUGGUGCAUGAGCAACCCAUGGAGGUGUCACCCAUUGUGCUGGAGGGCACGGAAGAAUUGGAUGAAGGGUCACCGGAAGUUGCGGCUCUGGUGUUGGCUAGUUUAGAACGGAAGCUGGAGGGUUCUGCUCCUGUAGCACCACAUGCUGAUGAGGAUGACCUUGAUGCCAGGGAAAGGGUUAGGUGGUGCUCAACCAUGUAA